ACUGAGAGAAAAGUCAGUUUCGAUGGUGGUUCUGUCCGUACGUGUCUGUUUAUUGUUUUCUACUGUUUAUAAAAUUCACAUUUCCAAUCAAAUUAUUUAUGAAAUUCAAUAACAUAGUGUACUCAACUCAUGCCCGAUGUGGUCAUUGUCUAUUGUUGAUCAAAAUUGGGGACAAUUGUUGUGAUUUAAUUAAAAAACAUUUUACUAUUAGUGUAAGAACAUUGCAUUGAAAGUGCUUUGUGCAUCCGAAUAACCAUCUACCACAUAUAAUAUACAAAGUCUGUACAUACAAAAUGGCUGCGUCUCCGGCAUUCUUUUAAGAACGAAAUUAAUUUAAUGGUUUCGCUGUAAAAGAUUUUUGUGUUGUAAGUUUUUUAUGGGGUGAACGGAUAUAAAGUCGGUAGAUAGGUUUUCGAUAAAACCGGAGACAGAUCAUCGAUUUAAAAACUUCAUUAAGCCUAAAAGGUCAAUUAUGGAAAAAUAAUAAGUGGAAGAAAGACAGAGGAAAAAUAAGAAAUAAAGUGACAAAAAGAAGAAGAAUAUUUAUGCAUAACUCAGCCGUAAAAAUGUUGUUGGCGUUUUUAAAUGAUAUUUAAUUCGACUGUGUGUUUGUUUGAUGUGUUUUGUUUUCGUAGACCGAAUAUCAAUUUGUAGUGAAUUGUUGAACAAUUAAAAAAAAAACAAAAAUUCAUUCCAAUAUAUAAUACAAAAUGCUGAUAUGGCAACGAAGAGAGUGGACCCGACACUAAGCUCCAAAUGUAAUCGCAAUAAAUGAAGGGAAUCACCUAACUACAACGUAAUCGCCUCCAUCGGAGAAAUCAAAAUGUCCGUCCGUUUAUUAAUAGCGUUUUUAAUAUACACAAAUGUUGACCUGCCAACCAUUGUACCAGCCUCAUCAUCGCCAGCCCCAGUACCAUCACCUGCUACUAACUCUAAGCAGCUAGUCAAUAACAGAUCCACACAAACAACCACAAUUACAGGCGCCUUCGUAGACAUACUAUCCCAAUUUACACUGCCGAAUGGAUCGUAUUUCACCCAUUUAACAUUCGACAAACGUCGAUCAAUCCUUUAUGCUGGCGCAUCGAAUCGAAUUUUUCAAUUGAAUCGCGAUUUAUCCGAAAUGAGCCAUGCCGUUACUGGUCCCAAACAGGAUAGUCCACAAUGUCAUACGAAUGGUUGUCCGGAAGAAGUUGAAACCAGUGAAACAACCACACACAAUAAACUUUUAGUCGUAAAUCAAGCCGGUGAUACAUUAAUAGCGUGCGGCAGUACUAGACAAGGCUCAUGCGAACUGUUCAAAUUAAUGAAAUUUCCCAAAGAUCCUGCUUACAUCGGAAUAUCCUUGGCUGCCAACGAUGAAACGUCGUCAACGUUUGCAUUUAUUGGACCGUCAAGGUAUGCGUCUUGGAAGAAGGAAGAUAUUCUUUAUGUGGGAACUACAUUCACAAACGUAGGAGAUUAUCGACAUGAUGUUCCAGCCAUAUCGUCGCGUAAACUAGACGAUUUAGAGUAUGCUGAAUUUUCCAUUCAACAAUCGCUGUUAAACAUCGACGUUAAAUAUCGUGAUCAUUUUCUGGUGAACUAUGUGUACGGAUUCAACAGUUCGGAAUACGCAUACUUCGCAGUUGUACAGAAAAAAUCACACCUAGCUGAAGAGGCUGGAUUUGUCACUCGAUUGGCAAGAGUCUGUGUAAAUGAUCCCAACUACGACAGUUAUACAGAAAUUACGAUCCAAUGUCGAACAACAACUGGUAAUCAAGAUUACAAUAUUUUACGAGAUGCAAAAAUAACGAUGGCAGGACCGAAACUAAGCCAACAGAUGGGCAUAAAGAAAGAUGAUUAUAUAUUGGUGACAGUUUUCUCUCCGGGUAAAGAAAUAACCAAUGAGCCUGAAUCAAAAUCUGCCAUGUGCUUGUACAGCUUGAAAGAAAUUGAAGAAAUCUUCACCGAAAACAUUCACAUGUGUUUCAACGGAAGCAUUAAGGAUCGCAACCUGGGAUAUAUUUCGGGUACCAUUAAUGACGGUGAAUGUCCUGUCGUCGGAUCUAUCGGCAAUGUGUACAGCUUUUGUAGCGUCGGAUUGAAAAUUAGUGGAGUAGCGCCGAUUGUUGCACGAUCUCUGUUCAAUUUCGACAAUGAGUCCAUCACAUCUGUAACUGCUACUAUCACUGGUCCGCAUACUUUAGCCUUCCUCGGUACCACAACUGGUGCAGUUAAGAAAGUUUUGUUGUCCGGCACAAAUCCAGGGGAAUACGAUCAUGUAGUAGUAGAUGAGGGAAACAGUAUCUUGCCCGAUACGACAAUGUCACCAAAGCAGGAUUAUCUCUAUGUACUAUCAAGGAAGAGAAUUACGAAACUGCGCGUUGAACAUUGUGGUAUUUAUACGAAUUGUUCCAGCUGCCUGGAAUCAAGAGAUCCUUUUUGCGGUUGGUGUUCACUAGAAAAACGUUGCACUGUACGUAGUGCUUGUCAAAAAGAUACUAGCGCUUCGCGGUGGCUAUCGCUUGGUAAUGGUCAACAAUGCAUUGACUUUGAAAUGAUUCUGCCCGAUAAGAUACCGAUCGACGAAAUGGCCACAGUUCAACUAGUAAUUCGAACUCUGCCCGAACUACCGCACAAUGCCAAAUACAAAUGCGUAUUUGGCAAUUCGACACCGAUUGAUGCCAUCGUUCUGGAGAAUGGGUUAUCAUGUGAAACGCCUCCCCGAGUGUUCAGACCCUCCAUCGAUUUGAAUAAAGAUCACGUUCUGGUUCCGUUGAGUGUACGAAGUUCCGAGACAAACAAGGAUUUUGUGUCGAGAAAUUUUGCAUAUUUCGAUUGUUCGCGGCAUGAGAACUGUCGCCGUUGCGUGAAGAGCGAAUGGAGUUGUAACUGGUGCAUUUACGAUAAUAAAUGCGUGCAUAAUGCAAGUACGUGUCGGAAUACAGGCAAUGUUAUUACUCACGAAAACGCCUGUCCUCACUUCAAACCACAAUCGAAACCGAUUCUAUUGCCGAACAAAGUGCCGAAAGAAAUCAAAUUAGAAAUUGAAAAUUUGCCUAGACCUCAAAGUGCCCAUACCGGAUUCCUGUGCAUUGUGAACAUAGAAGGUGCGCACAUGUCAUUGCCAGCUCGUGUCGAGUCGAACAAGUAUAUUGUGUGCGAGAAAACGCCAUAUUCGUAUGAGGCAAACACCAACGAAUAUGAAGCAAAAGUGGAUGUCAACUGGAAUCGUAAUCACUAUAUAGACACGGUCGCAAUUACUCUGUAUAAAUGUGAUGUAUUGGGGUCACAUCGCGAACAUGCUGACUGUAGUUUAUGCGUGACUCGAGAUCCAAAGUACCAUUGUACGUGGUGUGGAAACUCAUGUGUUUACAAUGAAACAUGCGUCUAUGGAAGUGCCAAUGAGUGUCCGAGACCGAGAAUUGACAUGAUCAAACCACUCAGUGGUCCUAUGGAAGGUGGUACACUCAUUACAAUCGAGGGUAGCAAUCUUGGAAUUCGCGAGGAAGAUGUUCGCGGAAAAAUUCGAAUUGGCGAUGUGCCAUGCGAACUGGUCAAUUACGAAAUUUCUGUGAAAAUUGAAUGUCGCACUGGUAAAGUGGACUACGAACUUAUGGCGCCGGUCAAGGUUGGCAACGAUGCCGGUUUCACAGAAUCGGUUGUCAAAUUCCAGUAUCAGGACAUCAAACUUGAAGGCUUAUAUCCGACUAGAGGACCUCAAAGUGGUGGAACCCAGUUGUCGAUAAUGGGAAAGUAUUUGAACAUCGGUUCCAGCAUAACUGCAUAUUUGGACGACUAUGAGUGUGCAAUUAACGCUACAGCAGCAUCUUCCAGUCAAUUAACGUGUAUUACAUCAGCAGCACGACAGCCCGAAUACAUUCGUGUGCUCACAUUGGUCAUUGAUGGAGCGAACCGAACGUUCACUUGCUCUGUAAAUUCGAAGAAUUCAAACACCAGAUCGUCUUUCGGUCGCGAUCAACGCCACGAAGUGUGCAGUGUGUACAAUUACACUAUUGAUCCGAAAAUUUUGGAAAUUAAACCCCUGAAGAGUUUUGCAAGUGGCGGUAGAGUCAUAACGGUGCACGGUACAAAUUUUGAUUCCAUUCAGAAACCUGAAAUCGAAAUCUUUGCGGACGAGGAGCGAGUUAACCGUUCCACAUGUACGGUUAUCAAACCGAAUCUAAUGGAAUGUCCGUCUCCGGCGGUCUCCAGCAAAUUUAAUGCUUUUAAGAGCGAAGUCUCCGUUAAGUCUCAACCUGGCAAUGGUGGUAAUCGUCGAAAAAGAAGCGGCUUGCCUGAGGCGUUAUUCACUACGAUCGGUUACUAUUCGUCCUCACCUUCAACGGAUAUGGCGGCAUUGCAAAUUCGUGAGACUCAACUUAGUUUGCAAAUACGAUUUGCUAUGGACAACGUUCAAUCGGUUAGAGAUCUCAACAAACACUUCCAAAGUCUACGCAGUACCAUUGUCUAUGUGGACGACCCGAACUAUACCUCGUUCCCGAACGGGAUCAAAUUAUACAAAGGUGAUACGCUGGUAAUUGAAGGAGAAAACCUAAAUAUUGCUAGCGACGAAAUGGACGUGAAUGUUACAAUCGGCACCCAACAGUGCAACGUUACAAGUUUGGCUUUAACGCAAUUAGUUUGCACUCCACCCGAACAACAGCCAGAUUCAACGAACGAAAACGGUAUCAGUACCGAUUACUACCUGCCGUUGGUAGUGGUUCGCGUUGGUCGCAAUCUUCGGUUUCCUAUCGGACAUCUACGCUACGAUCUACUGAAAUCUUACGCUCUAUCUCACGCCAUGGUCGCAAUUAUCGUCAGCAUUUCGGUGAUCGUUGUGCUUCUGAUUAUCAUUUUGGUGGUCUAUCGCCGUAAAACUACUCAGGCAGAAAGGGAAUACAAACGCAUUCAGAUUCAAAUGGACACACUGGAGAGUAAUGUUCGAAUGGAAUGCAAACAGGCUUUUGCUGAACUACAAACUGAUAUGACGGAUCUGACUGCCGAUUUAGAGAAUUCUGGAAUACCAACGUUGGAUCACAUCAACUACAUAAUGAAAGUCUUCUUUCCUGGUGUCAGCGAUCAUCCCAUUUUGAACACACCGAAGAUGCGCAUGAAUUCUCCGAGAACGAACUAUGAUAUCGCAAUGGUGCAGUUUGAGCAGUUAAUCAACAACAAAGUUUUCUUGAUGACAUUCAUUGACACCCUGGAAGCACAAAAAUCGUUCAACAUUCGUGAUAAAGUAAACGUAGCCUCACUGCUAAUGAUUGUUCUGAUGAACAAAAUGGAAUAUGCGACAGACAUACUCAAAUGCCUGCUGUUAAGAUUGAUCGAUAAGUCGGUAAUGACCAAACAUCCACAGUUGAUGCUCCGUCGAACCGAAAGUGUGGUUGAGAAAAUGCUAACAAACUACAUGGCAAUAUGCAUGUACGAUUACCUGAAAGAAUACGCUGGUUCGUCUCUAUUUUUGCUUUUCAAAGCGAUCAAGCAUCAAAUUGAAAAGGGUCUGGUCGAUGCCAUCACCCACGAUGCACGGUACUCAUUGUCCGAAGAGAAACUGUUACGUGAACAGGUCGAUCACAAUUUCGUGAAUCUGCAUAUUGUGCAAGACGAUUUAGAUGAUAAAAUACAAUGCAAAGUACUUGACUGUGAUACGAUAACCCAAGUGAAGUCGAAAAUCUUGGACGCUUUAUUUAAGAACACGGCAUUUUCAUUGCGAUUGUCGGUGCACGAAGUGGAUUUGGAAUGGAGGCACGGCCGAGGCGGUCAUCUGACGCUACAGGACGAGGAUUUGACAACGAAAUCGAUAAACAACUGGAAGAGACUGAAUACUCUGGCCCAUUAUGGAGUGAAAGAGUCGGCUGUUAUGUCACUGAUCGCUCGACAGAACGACAGUUACAACAUAAACUAUUCGAAGCAGCAGUCAUACCACAAUUGCUAUUAUUUGAAUAACUCGCAGCCACACAUCAUCAUGAAUGGUGAUAUUGAGAGCGGCCUUCAGCAGCCACGGGUGUAUCAUUUGGUGAAACCAAUGAUUGACGACCAUCUAUUGAAUGUAAAACAUGCUCAAUUGUCGUCGCACGAACGAACGCAUAAAGCUAUUCCGGAGAUAUUUUUGACGCGAUUGUUGGCCACGAAGGGAACUAUUCAGAAAUUCGUGGAUGAUUUCUUCGCAACAAUACUGACUGUUAACGAAGAACUUCCGCCAGCUGUUAAAUGGCUGUUUGACUUAUUAGAUGAGGCGGCCAGACGACAUGGUAUUGCUGAUCCUGAAAUUGUACACGCAUGGAAAUCGAAUAGUCUUCCACUCAGGUUCUGGGUUAACUUUAUUAAAAAUCCUGACUUCAUAUUCGACAUCAACAAAACACCCACCGUUGACGCAUGCUUAAGUGUGAUAGCUCAAACGUUCAUGGAUGCCUGUUCAACAGCCGAGCAUCGUUUGGGUAAAGAUUCUCCAUCCAAUAAACUGUUAUUUGCUAAGGACAUUCCGCAAUACCGAGAGAUGGUUAAACAUUUUUACAAAGAAGUGUCACGACUUCCAAAAAUUUCCGAUCAUGAGAUGGGUAUUGUAAUGGAAAAUAUGUCCGAGCAGCAAAACGAUGGAUUUGAUACAAUAUCUGCAUUGAAAGAACUGUACAUUUAUGUAACGAAAUAUCGGGAUCAGAUUCUCGACGCCCUAGACAGUGACCCUAAUUGCAAAAAAUCCCACCUAGCUCAUAAGCUUGAAAACGUUGCCUGCACACUGGAAGGCCAGGAAACAUCAGCCUGCUGACAUCCAUUGUACAUGUCAGCGUCGCUAAAUACCAUUCAAGGUUAUUCAUCCAUAACUCAUAUUUCAAAUUGUACAAAUGAGGAUGAUUUACAACAAUUAUCGCCAGCGACAACUACAACAUCAACAACAACACCACCACCAACCAUCGGUCAAUUGCUAAUAGAUCAUUUCGAUGAUAGUCGAAAUGAUUUGAUGACAAACUCGACAAACUCCAAAUACUCAUAAUUACCGUUGGUUGAUAUUUUGAAUGGUAGAGUCGGUGGGGCUUCCUCAACUCUUUUUAUAGAAUUUUUUCGUACUCAUCGAUAAGGUACGUUGGACUAAAAAAGUUAGACAAGUUGAAUAUGAACAGAAUGAAAACGGGAUAGCGAAUAACAUGACUUAGGAAGCAAUUUUAUAUGUGCCACACUCUAAUAGAGCCUGAAUUAGUAUCUGGGAUUUUCAAUACAUUUUUUUAUAAUUGAUUUGGCGUUGCGGAUAUGUGGUUUGAUCAACUGUAACAACAGAUGAAGUAGUAUCGGACGAACUAUCGGAAGGGUAAGAAAAUGUCUCAUUCAGACUGGUUUUAGGAAAGUUAUUUUAAAAUGAAAUUUGGUCACUGUUAUCGCUCCAAUUGUUGCUCAGUUCAUCUGUUAUUGAAUUGUGCCUCUCUACAAGAAAAAAGAACAGCAACAAAAGUUGAAAAGUGGAUUUGAUUGGUUUAUCGAUAAAAGUGCAAGUAAGAAGAACUGUAGUGUCGAUGAAACAUAACAGAAUUCAGUUGUGUCUCGUACAGAGACAUGCUGCGUGCAUCGAGACCAUUACUUUUCAUAAUUUAAACACUUUCUUCGACCCACAUACAACAGCAGAAUGAUUCCUUACAUCCCUCAGGCUAAAAACGAAAAGUCACGCUUUCAUGUGUUAAAUGGCCUCGGCUUCGCCUCGGACCCGAAGGUGCGAUCAACAAACUUCUCACUUACAAAAACUCGAUUUUUCAUCGUUUCAACAUUUCAUUCCUCGAAAAAUUGUGUCGCAUUUCGUUGUCUAGUUAUUGAAGAUAAUGUACGAGACACGAAACGAAUCUAAAUCGAGAUUCUGCCAGAUAUAAUCCGUUGAACAGACAUCAUUAUAAUGUAAUGUUGUUGAAUACGUUCUUUUACAAAUUUUUUUAAAGUUCGAAAAUUACGUGUUUACAUUCCUGCUACAAUAUUAUGCUUGACGUGAAGACUGACGUCAUUUCGAUCGAAUACGAUUUAAGUGGAUCGUUGAAUGCUUGGCUUCUACGGCGUAGAAUCUAUGCAGCGCAUAUCCCCCAUUAGUCGAGAUAUAUACGUUUCUACUCUGAUAACAUAUCGUCAGACAUCAUUACUCUGCGUUGUUACAUUGUUCGGACUGCGAGUACGCAAGGCUUCUGGAUUAUUUUUUCUUAUUAUUUAAUCGUACGCUUUAUAUUGAACCGAGGCAGCCACAUUUCAUUAUUUAAAACUGUAGAUCAAUCAUUGCAUUUAUAUAUUUGUAAUAAGACUUAAGCCACUGAUAAAACAAAAUAUUUUUUUUGUAUUUAGUUUUAAACAAAACAAUUUAGAGAGCGAUAUCAUUUUCCAUGACAAUGUCUACACCGGCAGUAUUAUAGAACACAAACCGAAUCCUCAUUUUUAGAAACACAAAACCUCUUAUUGUACUUAUUUAUGAGAUAAAAUAUUUUUAUGACACAAUUUUAUACACCCUCUGCCCCCCGUUGCAUUUAAAUACAGAUUGUUUGAAUAAGUUUCCGUAGUGAUUAAUUAAUUAACAUUUUAUUGUACUCAUUAAGUUAGUUUCGAAUGAAUAUUUUGCUAUUUAUACUCCCACAUAUGAAAUUGCUUGGAACAAAUUCUUUGAUUGUGCUUUUAGCGUCCGAAUCGGAUAAAACCAAAAUUAAAACAAUUAUGUAAUCGUUUUUUGGAACAUAAAUUAUUUAAAAAAACAAGAAAAACAACUGACACAUUUAAUAUUUAGAAAUUAUUUAUAUGAAAAAGAAAUUACACGAACAAAAAGGCAUUUAACAAAAAAGAAAAUGCUGAACAAGAAGCAAAAAAACGUACUCUCGUAUUUUAUGGUGUAAAUAUCUAUUAUUACGUAUACAAUUAUUAUAUUAAAAAAA